AUGACAGGCGCAAUAUUCGUGGAAGUCUUUAUCGAGUGCUCGCAAAGCAACAGGCAAAUAACGCGCAGUAUCGUAGUGGUACAAGUGAGACCACCGCACGAGUCGGCCGUUGGGAAGCGAUGCACUCCGCCGACUGACCGUGGGAAAGCUACCGUAUACGAAAAGCAUCUCUUUCACCCGGUCGACACCGGUUUCCUAAGCGGGGGAGGCAGAGGAGCGGAUCAAGCUAUACUGGCCAUUGAAGCGUGCGGCAGACGUCAUCCGCACACGAGCCCAGCUCACUCACACAUGUACACAUGA